UUUAAAAGCAACACCGUAAAAUGAUCCAUUGUGGAGGUAGGAGCCUGAAAAACCAGCCCAGUAAUUUUCUCUCUUGUAUUUGGGGUUAAGAUGAACCCUGGCAGUGUAUGCUUUUCCAGGGCCCAAAGUCAAGUAGAAAGAGGAAGCAUUUUCCAUUGACUUCCUUGGGGCCUUUGACUGAGGCUGAGGCACGACCUAUACAUGGAUGAAGCAGGCAAAGACUGUCAAGAAAAGGAAAUGAAGAGCACACUGUUUGCCACACCAGCAGCUAAGUUAGCUGAAGCACAGAAGAAGGCAGAAAAGUUUGCAAAAGAGAAAGAGGCUCAUAACACCUGCAGGGAACUGAUUCAAUGUACCGCUCUCACCCGAAUUAUCUAUGGAAAUGAGCACUGGCGUUUGGCACAGGCACUUGCUAACCUUGCUCACAGCUAUCUUACACUCCGAGGUCUUCCUGUUCAAGCUAUGCAUCAUGCAAACUCAGCCAAAUAUACUAUCUUCAUGAGAAGAGGUGCUUCUGCAACACCCUCAGAGGAAAGGGGAGAGAUUUUAAGCACUCUCGUGACCAUCUACUAUACCUUGGGCGUAGCAAAUGUGAUGCAGAAAAAUAGCAAAGAAUCCUACCUCAAUCUGCAGACGGCUGAAAGGAUUAUGGAAGAACUGAAGCGAACAGACUGGAUAAGUACUCCCAAACUUAAAGUUUCUGAGAGAGACCUGUCAGUUGCAUUCGGAAGGGCAAAUCUGCAGAAUAAGAAGUUAGAACUGGCCGUCAAGCAUUUUGAGAAGGCCAUUAAUGCCACAGUAUCAGCGGAAGGCGAGAUUGCUCCAGAACUGCUUAACCUUUAUCAGGAAGUAGCUCAAAUUGAACAAGCAAAGAAGAACUAUCAUAAAUCCAUAGGGCAUUUAUUACAGGCCCAUUCAAUUUCUCUAAAUCUGUACAGCAAAUUCAGUAUGGAAGCAGCAUCAACAGCAUUGUUGUUGGGUAAGGCUUAUGCUUCAACUGGAGAAGAAAAACACAUUGAGGUUGCUGAACUGUACUUCAGUGAGAGCCUCACAGCCUACAAAGAGGUGCUUGGCAUGGACCAUUCUCAAACGAUGGAGGCCCUGAAAGAGUUCUGCAAAUGGCUUGCACACACAGGAAAAAGAAAGAAAGCCUAUGACUUACUCAAAGAGUCAUUUAAAUCUCAGCAAGAUCCAUGCAGUGAUUUCAACAAACAAGCAGCUGAAAGAUUGUAUAUUAUGGGCUGCAUUUGUCUAGCAGAAGAGAAACUAAAGGAGGCAUAUCAGCUGCUCAGUGAGUGUGUACAGAUCCAGAAUACUCUUUAUGGGCCCCAUCAUGGGAAAACGAAAAAGAUACAAGAACUUCUGGAUGUGCUUGAGGUGUAAGUUUUACUAUUUUAAAAGAUUUGGGAGUAGUGGGCAAGUUAAAAUCAAACAACUGUAAAAGCUUCACAGGCUGGCCGCACCAGGAAUGAUUUUUAAAUGCCUCUUACUAAUAU